UAGCCUCGUUGCUUCAGGAAUUAAAGCAUGCGAACGUUGUUAAACUUCACGAUAUUGUUCACACCAAAGAAACACUCAUGUUCGUUUUUGAAUACUUGGAUACAGACUUAAACCGAUACUUAGAAAAGCACCCGGGUGGACUUCAUCCAUAUAAUGUUAAGUUGUUUUUGAUUCAGCUGCUUCGUGGUUUAAAUUACUGUCACGAUAAAAGAAUUCUUCAUCGAGAUAUAAAGCCACAAAAUUUGCUCCUUAAUGAAAAUGGUGAACUAAAACUGGCUGAUUUCGGUUUAGCAAGAGAAAAGUCGGUUCCAAGUCAUACUUAUUCAAACGAAGUUGUGACAUUAUGGUAUAGACCCCCGGAUGUAUUGCUGGGAUCAAAGGACUACACGACGUCUCUUGAUAUGUGGGGUGUUGGGUGUAUAUUUGGCGAAAUGUUAAGCGGUCGUGCAAUGUUUCAAGGCCAAAAAGGACCAGAGGAUCAAUUAAAUAAAAUCUGGCAAUUAAUGGGCUCACCAACCAAAGAAACGUGGCCUGAGGUUAUCAACUAUCCCGAAUAUAACAAAUUAGAUAAUUGGAGAAAACAUAACGGGAAACGAUUGAGCACGGUCAUACCAGAAUUUAAGAGUGACACAGUUGGACAAGACUUAAUUCGACGUUUUCUUCGAUUUGAACCGAAAAGGAGGGUAUCUGCUGAGGACGCUUUGAAACAUCCGUAUUUUCAAGAUCUUCCACGAGCUGUGUUUAAUCUCCCUGGAAGAUUCUCAAUAUUUACAAUUCCUGAAAUUGAAAUGAUCUCGGAGAGAUAGAUCGACUUCCACCGAACAGGUGAGAGUUUCAAUGGUCGAGAACUAAAACCGGACUAUGGUUAGCUACGAUGAAAUUAUCACAGAUAUUUACGAAGUCAAAGACACAUUGUGUUUCAUUUUGUUUAACACAAAACUUCAUUUAAAAUGUAAUCCAGUGAAGGGAAACAUUAUUAAUAUCUCAGAUAGAUAUAUUUAUUAAAUUGAUGAAUUAAAUUUUUUCGCAAGCGUGA